AUGCGUGAUCGCGACACCGGUCGAAGUAAAGGAUUUGGCUUCGUUACCUUUAGCAGUGGGAAUGAGGCAGAUGCAGCAAUAGUUGGGCUCCAUGAACAGGAGCUUGAUGGUCGCCGUAUUAGAGUUAACCUGGAGAAAGCCAGUGGUGGCUCCAGUGGUGGUUACGGUGGUGGUGGUGGUGGUUACGGUGGUGGUGGUGGUGGUUACGGUGGUGGUGGUGGUGGUUACGGUGGUGGUUACGGUGGUAAUUACAGUGGUGACAGUGGUGGUGGUUACGGUGGUGGUUACGGUGGUAAUUACAGUGGUGACAGUGGUGGUGGUUACAAUGUUGGUGGUUACGGUGGUUACCGUGGUUACAGUGGUGGUGGUGGCUACUAG